UUCUGUUCAGUCAGAGGGAUUUAACUCGCCUGUGUGUCUGCUGCUGCUGUUCUAGCGAUGCUGUGCAGGAGCGCAUCAGUGUAGCUUGAAUUCUAGACAAGGAAAAAACACGUUAUGUUUUAAUAUUAACCAAAAAGAUCAAAUAUCUAGGCAUACACUGUAUUCCAUGAGUGCCGCAGAGCCGGCAAUUGAUGCUGUUCGUUCUUCAAUUAUGCUGUUUUUCUAUUGAGGGGGGGUAAUUCACAGGCGUGGCAUCUGAGGCGAUUCUACGGGAUACGGGCAGAUCGGUGGAAAAACGAGUCCACAAUAAGGGAACUUCAUUAACAGACCUGCAUUUUCAUAAUAAACAGUAAUCGCUAGAUCAGGAACCGUUUCAUUACACAUACCGUUCAGAAGAUCAGGCCGUGUCUUACGGUGAUGCAGUGAGCAGCUGACCUCCUCCCCCUCCCCGGCCAGUGAAGAUGAGCAGUGAGGCCCCCCCCUCCCCCUCCCCCUCCCCUCUCAAGGAGCACAGUGACGACCCCCCCUCCCCCUCCCCCUCCCCUCUCAAGGAGCACAGUGACGACCCCCUCUCCCCCUCCCCCUCCCCUCUCAAGAGCUGUGAUGGAGACCCCUCCCAGCAGCAGGACUUCCACCCGAUGGAUCCCGGGAAGAGAGCCUCCCUCAUCCUGCAGAGCCCGUCAUUCAGGGAGGAGCUGGACAGUCUGAUCCAGGAGCAGAUGAAGAAGGGAAACAACUCCUCCAACCUGUGGGCCCUGCGGCAGAUCGGAGACUUCCUGGCAUCACAGGGAGCGCCUGCCACCCUGCCCGUCUCCCCCUCCUCUCUGAUGGUCAUCCCCAUCAAUGACCUCCACGGCACUGACCCCACCACUCUGGCUAAAGGAGAGAGGCUGAUGCGCUGCAAGCUGACCAGUGUCUAUCGGCUACUGGAUCUGUACGGCUGGAGCCAGCUAGCCAGGACCUACCUCACUCUGAGAGUGAGCAAGGAGCAGGACCACUUCCUCAUCGUUCCCCAGGGCCUGUCGUACAGUGAAGUCACAGCAUCCAGCCUGGUGAAGGUGAAUGUUCUGGGGGAGCUGGUUGAGAAGGGCAGCACCGCUCUGGAGGUGGACAGGGCUGGGUUCCGGCUCCACUCCGCCAUCUACUCCGCACGGCCGGAUGUGCGCUGCCUGAUACACCUGCACACGCCUGCCACUGCCGCGGUCUCUGCUAUGAAGUGCGGGAUCCUGCCUGUGUCUCACGAGGCCCUGCUGGUUGGUGAGGCGGCGUACUUCAGUUACAACGGAGACGUGGAGGGGGAGGAGGACAGAGUGGAGCUGCAGAAGAGCCUGGGGCCCACCUGCAAGGUACUGGUGCUGAGGAAUCAUGGCGUGCUGGCUCUGGGGGAGAGUGUGGAGGAAGCCUUCUACAGAAUCUAUCACAUCCAAUCAGCAUGCGAGAUUCAGGUCUCAGCUCUGUGCAGUGCCGGCGGGGUUGAUAACCUGAUCCUGCUGGACAGGGAGAGACAGCGCCCCCACCAGGCUGGCUCAGUGGGCUGGGCGGGAUCCACCUUCGGGCCGAUGCAGAAGUGCCGUGCGGGCGAGCACGAGUUCGAGGCUCUGAUGAGAACCCUGGACAACCUGGGUUACCGGACGGGUUACGCGUACCGCCACCCGGUGCUGCAGGGGCGCUCGAAGCCGCGCAGCGAGGUGCAGAUCCCUGCGACCGUCACGGCCUUCAGCUUCGAGGAGGAGCCCGUGCCGCGCUCCGCACCCCGCCACCACACCCAGCGGCAGCAGCACGAGAAGACGCGCUGGCUCAACACACCCAACACGUACCUGCGGAUCAGCCAGAGCGAGGGCAGCCCUGGCACCAAGACUACGUGGCUCCGAGCGGAGGAAGCCAAGCCCAGCAGUGGCUCUGCCAUCAAGACUGAAAACCCCAACCUGUUUGUGCCUCUCUUCACCGACCCUCGAGAGGUGCUGGAGACCAGGAAUAAGAUCCGGGAGCAGAACCGACAGGACAUGAAGUCAGCCGGACCACAGUCUCAGCUCCUGGCCAGCGUGAUCACAGACAAGAGCCGGAGCCCGUCUGCAGAUACUGAGCUGGCACACGCGGCCAGGCUCACGGAUCCAGGGGGGGAGCCUGAGACAGCCGUGCCCGACCCCGAAACACCCAACCCCUUCAACCAGCUGACAGACCGAGAGCUGGAGGAGUACAGAGAGGAGGUGCAGAAGAAGCAGAGGGGCAGGCAGGACGGUGCUGACGACCAGCUGGCUGAUGAAGGCGUCCCCUCCCCCUCCAAGAGCCCCCCCGCCUCCCCCUCAAAGAGCCCCCCCGCCUCCCCCAUCAAGAGCCAGACCGCCUCCCCCACCAAGUCUUCUGCUGAUAAAGAUUCCAAAACAAAAGACGUCUCCAAGACGACACCAGACGAGCAAAACAAACAGCCGGAGCAGAAGCCUGCAGUGGUGCUUAAUGGGAAGGAGGAGGACCAAACCGUGGAGCAGGAGCUGAGCAAGGGAAUGAAGGAGCUCUCCACACAGGGAGAGACGGGGAAGAAAGACAGCGUCCCCCCCGGGGCCCCUACCCUGUCCCCUGAGGGGUCCCCUUCCAAAUCACCGUCCAAGAAGAAGAAGAAAUUCAAGGCUCCCUCCUUCCUGAAGAAAAGCAAAAAGAAAGAGAAGGCAGAGUCUUGAGUUGUUUUUUUUUUAUUAGCCGAUCAUUUUAAUAGUUGUGUUUUUGGUAUUUUUUUUUUUUAAUUAUGCGGCAGACCCUUGACUUGGGGGUCUGUCUUGACUUCCCUGUCCUUUUUGAGACCUCCAGCCUUCUGAAUCCUCUCAGCGCUGCGCUCCUUCCUGCGUUCAGGCGGGACUGUCACCGAGCGCUCGCUGUUUCGAGCCCGUAAAUAUAUACAAGUACAUAUAUAUAUAUAUAUAUAUAUAUUAUUAUUAUUAUUUGUUUAUUUAGCAGACGCCUUUAUCCAAGGCGACUUAGAGACUAGGUGAAGUGACUUGCUCAGGGUCACACAGUGAGUCAGUGGCUGAGGUGGGAUUUGAACCGGGGACCUUCUGGUUACAAGCCCUUUUCUUUAACCACUGGACCACACAGCCUCCUUAUAUAUAUAUAUGUACUUGUAUAUAUAUAUAUAAAGAGAAAAUGGUAUUUCAGGUACUUAAAAAGGUACAAUAAUUAAUUACAAAUCAAUUAUGAGCACUGUUUUUUUUUGUAUUCAGCCGAUGAAGGACUUGUAGUCCGAAACGUCCUGAUAAUUGAUUUGUAAUCAGUUAUUCUUCCUUUUUAAGAACCUGAAAUAUCCUUUUCUCUUUUUUCUUUUUUUUUUAUUUAUCAUUUUGGUACACAGCAGUUUUCCUUUUUCUCAAACUCUCCAAAUAUAUAUGAAUGAAUUGAUUUAUAUAUAUAUAUAUAUAUAUGAUAUAAUAUAUAUGAAAUAAUUGCUUUGUAAUCAAUUAUUCUUCCUUUUUAAGUACCUGAAACAUCCUUUUCUCUUUUUUCUUUUUUCUUAUUGAUCAUUUUGGUACACAGCAGUUUUCCUUUUUCUCAAACUGUAUAUAUA